AUGGAGAAGCAGCAGAGCUUCCGUCUGAUGGAGAAGCAGAAGAGCUUCCGGCCGAGGAUGGUGAUGGAGUCACAACGGAGUUUCCGGGUGAGAGCCAUGAGAGGGCAACGGAGCUUCCAGGACAAGAGCAAAGGGAAGGACGGCGUGGGAAAACGCGGGGACUCCUCUCUCCAUCUCGCUUCCAGGGCCGGGAACCUGCUCCAAGUCCAGCAGAUCCUCUCACAGAGCGAUAGAGACCAUUUGAAGGGCCUGGUCUCUGCUCAGAACUGCGACGGAGAGACGCCAUUGUAUGUUGCAGCCGAGAAUGGCCACUCCCAGAUCGUUCAUGAGAUCUUGGGCCUCUCUGAUGUUCACUCUGCGGCUCUCAAGGCUUGUAAUGGCUUCGACUCAUUUCAUAUCGCCGCUAAACAGGGCCAUGUAGGUAAGUCUCACAUCCCAUCAGCAUCACCAUCAUCAUCAUCAUCAUCAUCAUCAUCAUCAUCAUCAUCAUCAUAUUAUUAGUGUUAUUAAUGCAAUUAUUGUUAUUGUUCUUCGAGCCACUUUAUCAUCACCACUUAGAAAUAAAUGGGUUUCUUUUUUAGGACAGAAAAACGGUACCUUAGAAGGUUUUUUUCAUUCUCCUGAUGAGAUCCAAGAGCUUCACUCUCAUCCGGUGUGGACGAGUUUGACUACCCUUUUCGUCAAGAACUACUAUUUAUAAUCUCAACUGCACUGAAGAGACGAGAAAUCGGAUCUUGCUGGUCCGUUCUGACUGAGAAAAUCCAGGAAGACAACCAAUCAGGCUAUCCUCUUAUAAUCUAGGAUUCUCUGUUGGAUAGAAAUCUUAUGAUUUGGAUAGAGUAAUUGUACAGAGGAGAGAGAAAAGGUGUGGUUGACUUGAGCUGGUUAUGGCCAUAUCCUAAAAUCUCUGAUAAAAAACGCUUCUGAGCUUUGACUCACUUCUAAUCUCUGAUGAAAGUUUCAUAAUUUGGAUGAAGCAGACAUGAGUUUAAGGUUUAGGGUUAGAGUUUAGGGUUCUGGAUUAUGUCAUACUCUUCUUCAUCUCAACUCGUUUGCUUCUUUAAUUUUACAGGUGUGUUGAAAAUGCUGCUAUCAUUCUCCUCUGAGCUAGCUAUGACUGUGGGCCCGUCAAAUGUGACACCUCUGUACAGUGCCGCGGCCCAAGGCCACUCAGACGUGGUCAACCUUCUGCUGGAAUCCAAUGCUAGCCUGGCGAAGAUUGCUCGGAACAAUGGAAAGACCGCCCUCCACGCCGCGGCUCGAAACGGCCACGUGGACAUUGUCACGUCGCUAUUAAGGAGCGACCCCCACAUUAGCCUGGAGGUUGACAAGAAGGGGCAGACGGCAUUCCACGUGGCGGUGAAAGGGCAGAAUGUGGCGAUGAUCGUGGAGCUGCUGAAGGCCGACCCUUCAGUCGUCAAUGUGAAGGACUUAAAGGGUAACACGCCCCUGCACAUUGCAGCCAGGAAGGCGCAUCCUCUGGUAAGCCCAUUCUUCUUCUUCUUCUUCUUUCCUCAUGGAAAUAGGGAAAUUUCUGUGAUAAUUAAUAUUUCCUCUUAACUCCGGAGUGAUGAUUCUACAAAACCAAGGUUUUUCUUGCUGUUCUCCUCUGACUAAAUCUGCUUCACUCGAUUGCAGAUUGUCAAAACUCUGACGGAAGUGGAGGGCGUUGAGGUCAACGCCUUCAACAGGGCCAGGGAGACCCCGCUCGACAUCUUGGAGAAGAACAGCAACGAAGAGCUCGCCAGCGUCCUCCGCGACGCCGGCGGCGCUGCGGCGCGAGACCUCGCCGUUCCGCCGAGCCCCGCGAAGCAGCUGAAGCAGACCGUCAGCGACAUAAAACACGACGUCCAGUCCCAGCUGCAGCAGACCCGCAAGACCGGCAUCCGCGUUCAGAAGAUCAAGAAAAGAUUGAAGAAGCUCCACGUUGAGGGCCUCAACAAUGCGAUCAACUCCAACACGAUCGUCGCCGUCCUCAUCGCCACCGUCGCGUUCGCCGCCAUCUUCACCGUCCCCGGCGAGUACGUGGAGAAGGAGACCAGCGGCCACUCCCUCGGGGAGGCCUUUAUAGCCAACAAAUCCGAGUUCAUCAUCUUCUUCGUGGCAGACUCGCUGGCCCUCUUCAUCUCCCUGGCCGUGGUCGUCGUCCAGACCUCCAUCAUCGUCACCGAGCAGAGGGCGAAGAAGCACAUGGUCUCCAUCAUCAACAAGCUCAUGUGGCUCGCCUGCCUCUUCAUCUCCGUGGCCUUCGUCUCCCUCACCUACGUCGUGGUCGGCCGCCGGAGCUCCUGGCUGGCCUGGCUGACCACCGCCAUGGGUGCCACCAUCAUGCUCACCACCAUCGGCUCCAUGUGCUACUGCAUCAUUCGCCACCGGGUGGAGCAGAAGAACCUCAGGAAUCUGCGCAGAAGCUCCGUCAGCCAAUCUCGCACCUGGUCUGCGGCGGUGGAGUCGGAUUCCGAGCUCCACAAGAGAAUCUACGCACUGUGA